AUGAGUACAACAACAAGACCCACGCAAAAACCGCCCACCUCGGCCCUCACGCCGAAAAAGCUAUACCUUGUAUUAUACAACUCCGCCUCGGCGGUGGCCUGGCUGACGGUGCUCGGGAGGGUGGUCGUGACGUUGAACUACAAGGGGGAUCCGUUUUUCGUUCCGUUGGUGGUGGACAAUUUCGCGAGGGUGACGCAGACGUUUGCUGUGAUGGAGAUUUUGCAUGCUUUGACUGGCGUCGUCCCCGCCCCCGUCUUCACAACCCUCAUGCAAGUCGCCUCCCGCCUCUUCCUCAUGUACGCCAUCACGCUCCCCUUCCCCCAGCUCAACGCUUCCUACUGGUACUCCUCCAUGCUCUGCGCCUGGGCCACCACCGAAGUUAUUCGAUACACCUACUUCGUCUUCAAGCAAUUCGACCGCAUCCCGGCUUCUCUUCACUGGCUGAGGUAUUCUGCCUUUUUGAUCCUCUACCCCAUUGGGAUCAGCUCCGAGGUUGCCAUGACGCUCAGGGCUCUUUGGGGUCCUGCGAGCAGUGAGGCGUUUGCUUGGAGCAGCUGGUACCCUUAUGCGCUGGGGGCGGUGUUGUUAAGUUAUAUCCCGGGGAGUGUGGUGCUUUAUGGGCAUAUGUUGAAGCAGAGGAGGAAGUAUCUUGGUGCUGGGGCGAAGGGGGAGGAGGUUAAGAACCAGAAGAAGAGACAGUAA